AAAACCACAUGCAAACUCGCGUCUAUUGACGUCCCAUAAUGCACCUACAUGAGCCUGUGACGUCACUUUGUAACAAAAUGGCGGUAGAUUUGCCACGGUUGUGAAUAGUAGAAUUUGUUAUUUUACGAGGGAAAACAGUGAUGUCGAUGGAUUUACAGGGUGAUCAAAAUGGAGGAGCCUAGGAGGUUACAAUUCACGACGAUCGGCCCCUCAAACCGAGAGAAAAAGAAGCAGGCUCCGUGUCAGACCAUACGUAUCAACCUUGAUCUCACCGAGGCCAACGACGAUUCUUGUCCUGAGUUUUCCUAUGUGGAAUUAUUGAAAAACGCCGUCGGUGAACCAAAGGAUGGUGAAAAUCUUCCAGAAACAGAGCCGGAUCCAUUCGGAGACUUCAAGGAGGAUGAUAAACUGGCAGAAAUUGCCAAAAAAUUUGAAGCAAAAUAUGGUCCAAAACCAGGCAAGGGGAAGAGGAAACACGAGAGAAUCCAGGACCUGGUGGAUUUGGGGGAGGGAUACGAUGAGACGGAUAACUUCAUCGACAACUCUGAAGCUUAUGAUGAAAUCGUACCUGCCUGCUUGACGACAAAACUGGGCGGGUUUUAUAUCAACUCUGGGGUGCUGGACUUCAGGGAAGUCUCUGACGAUUCUGAAGAUGCCUUCACAACUGUCAAUGGCUCGGCUAAGAAAAAGAGAAAAGCACAGAGAAUAACAUCAGAAUCUGAAUCAGAUGGAGAAGUAGUCUUGAAGAAAAAACGUGGCCCAAAGCCAAAGAAAAAAUUCCAGGAUGGAUUUGCAGGGAAAAAACGAAAGCGGCUCAGUGCUGAGGGAGAAAAGAUGUUUAAACGACCAAAAAAACCUAUUGAUAAGUGGAAGAGGAAGAAAAGAUCACCAACUGUGUCUGAACUCCUCAAACAACAUGCAGCAUCCACAUCGUCAUCUGUUAAUGGUACUGAGGGAUCAUCAGGGAUUACCAAUGCUUCAGGUGACCUCCACAAUGGGACAAACAUAGACUCUGCCAUCGAGUCAGUCGUAAGCCGUGUCCUGGAAGACAGCCAAUCAGAUGAGCGAUCCUCCCCAGAGAACCCAGAGACCGUGCCUAAACUGCCAGCAGGGUUAUCAGCUCGUUUGGAGGAGACCAUCACCAAACUCAAAAAGGCUGCCAAAGAUUCCAGGGAGGGGAAAUGCAGAUUUUUUACCCACGACGUCAACAGAAUGCUGUUGCUUGUUGAACAGGAGUCCCAGAAAGUCAGCUGUGGAACGAGGCAGAUCAUCUACAUACACCUGGCAGCUUAUCUCCCCUGCAGCAAAGAGACGCUCCUCAAGAGGGCCAAGAAACUCCGCCUGAACGAGAAUGAUGAUAAACUCAAGGAGCCAAUUCAGCGACUUCGAGAUGCAAUAAACUCCAUCAUGCCAGCUCAGUUGGAGCGCCAUGCUCAGGAGUGUCGCCUCGCUGCACAAGUCAGGCUGUUGGAGGGUAAAGAGCUGACCCGUGAGGACGCCUCGACGGAGAGUGAUGACGAGAAAAGUGCAUCUGAGGGGGAGAAGAAGAGACACAUGUCACCGAGGAGAAAGUUUGAGUGGAGUGCAGAGACAAGGGUUCUCUUAUGUGAAAUCGUUAGUAUUAAGAUGAAGACAUAUGACCUCUCUAAGCUCAGGACACAGUCGGCGGAGGAGUAUCUGAAAUCUUUCCUGGAUGCUGAAAUAAAACCCAUAUGGCCAAAAGGAUGGAUGCAGACAAGAAUGCUGUACAAGGAAAGUCGAACAGCACACGAUCCAUGGACAAACCCAGCUCGGCCAAAGAAAUCUGUGAUUAUAACCAAGGCAGCUGAUUCAGGGACAAGGAGUGCUGGGAACUCCCAGGAUGGAGCCCUUCAGAGGCCCACAGAAGUAGCCAGUAAGCUAGAGACGGGUCAUGCAGGGCCGAUAGCGUUGGUGAGUUCCACCGACGACAAAAUACAGCGCGAGUUAAAACCAGGACAUGUCGGGGCAUUAAUGUCUGAUCCGCCCAAAUGCCAGGUGUCCUCCACAAACAAAGGCAGCGCAUCCUUGGACAUUCCGACACUGUUAGACUAUGCUGGGGUGAGCAUUGGGUCCUCACAGCCCAAGGUUGCGGUGGACAGUACUGUGUCCUCUUCAAGGUUGGCUGUGGAUUUGGCUGUGAAGCCGGUCCGCAAACCCUCUGUGGUGGAUCUUACAUCACCCCCCAGCGCGUGGACAAAGCCUGAGGAGACAGACACGCAUAACAUAGCCAUGGAGAUCCUGAAAUCCAUGAGACAAUUACCUCAGGUGUCUCGUCCUCAUGACACCAAUCAGCCGGGUCCCAAGGCCAGUACCUCCAACAAACCAACCUCCACAGAGUCCUCCAACUCCAGCUUUCUGGCUCAGUUUAAAAAAUAUGCAAUUUCAGCCUUAUCAGAGCAGGACAAGAACAGCAUGUUAAAACCAGCAGUUAGUGUGUUACAGGAUUCUAAAGUAGCCACAAGCCCUCAAACUCCCAGCCCUAGCAGUAGUACUAAAACUGAACAGUCACAGAUGUGGACAAAAGGAAAGGCAGGGGAGAUAACUCCCGGGGCUGUGAGUUCUUCCGCACACUCAGUGCCACCCAAGCAGGUGUCUCCGAACCAGAGGGUGUCUCCACAGCAGGAAAAGGCACAUUCCAGCGAACGUAAACCAUCACCGUUCACGCUCCUGCACCAACAGCUCGAGCAGCAGCAGCAACAACAACAACAGCAAAAACAAAAGCCGCGCCAGCCAGACACCGUUGUGCGAUCCAAGGACCCUAUUCCCAGCAAGUCACAGCAGUCCAAAUCUCCUCAAGUGUCCCCUGUUGGUGGAGCCGACAAGGCAGCUUACCUGAGCAAGGAAGGGAAGCCGUCUCCUCACCCACAUCUGCUGAGUCAGCAAAUACAUCAGCAGAUACAGCAGAACUACCUCAGUAUGCUGCACAAAUCACACGGAGUGGGCCAGAGUAAGCCCCCACAACCUCCGAACUCUGCACAGGGAGCCAAGCACCAGUCCUUACUGGCUGCAGCCAUUUCAAACACUGGUGUUGUCAGUGAGGGCAGCCAUUCUCAGGGCAGCGUGCCUCGUAAGGCCAGUGCUCCUCCAGCCAGUCGUUACUCCCCUGGUGCAGCAACAUCGAUGGCCAGUAGCUCUCAGGACAGAUCUGUUAACAAAGCCCCUCCUCGCACCAGUCAUUCCAGCUCUCACCCUAACCAGACAAUGCACAAAACAUCUCUUCUGUCCCUCAAGAAAAAGCUGAUCUCAGAUACCCACACCAGCCAUGCUGCAACUGCUGCUGCUACCUCCAGCUCUCAGAUAAAAAGACCCGCAAAAUCUGCUGCCAUGGCUCACACUCUCACGGCAGCACAGAGUCAGGCAUCCAUGUUGGCAAGUCACUCAGCUGCCUGGAGUCUGCUGUCAUUCGCCAACUCCUCCACAACGCCGCCGACAGCACACUCCAGCAGUGCCCUGACGAACGCGGCUCUUACCUCUGCAUUCUCACCCCCUCUGGCCCAUGCACAGAUCCAGGGGAGUAGUCGCUCUUCCCCGAACUACCCUGUCUCAGUCCUGCCUGGUGGGAAGAAGACCCCCUCCCCCACCUCCAGUCUACAUCAUCAGAGCAGGUCACCGGAUAAUGGCAGGGCUGUGGUGUCCAGCACAGUUCCCUACAGCCAGGCCCAGUUGAGCCCCCGGAACACCCUCAGUCCCCGUGGGAGCCCCCUGGGUAGUCUGUUUGCUGGGCACAGUCUGCAUAGUCCAAACAGCCCCCACACAGCAGCCUCCCCGCACAGUAUAUAUCCACCUUUGCAUGGCAGUCCCUUACAGCACCCUUUUACCUUCAGCGAUAUGACCCAUUACAGAUUUCAAGAUUCCAAUAGGUCUCCUCAUGGCUAUUGAACGUUUCAUUGCGAUUGCUGCUGCGGGCUGUCUGGAAUCAUCGGUUUGUUGAGCACAGGAAGCCUGUGUGCCUAGAUACAAAUAGAGAGUACAAACACUGUGAGCCUUGAUGGAGAUAUUUAUUACUUGUUAUUGUUGUAUCUUUGUUUACCACCUCUCAUCUGUAUGAUACAGGACUUGUUCACGGUUGUCCUACAUGUAUAUUUAACCCUAAACAAUCAGGAGGUCAGCCUUUCUUUGUUGAUUUGACCAGGGCUUUUUGACUAAAAGCUUUCACUGGAGAGAUAAGAACUUACAGCAGCUUAAAAGCCCUGGUAGGAUUUUUGGUUUUCUGAUGAUAGAGUAGAUUUUAUCAACGAUAAUGUUUGAGUAACUGGUGCGUGACUGGAACGCUGUAUACGUAUCAGCAUAUACCUCAGUAUGUACAGAGAACGCUGGAGUUGACUCUAAGCAAUUAUCUGAUUAGGUCGUUCAUCUGUGGGUAUUCAGGAUCACCAGAAAACCUGUUGUGAUUGUGCUAAAGACAUC